AUGGGAAGUUAUCCUUGUACUAGGAAUUUUGAUAGUCAAUCAAAUAAUUAUGAUAAUCAGAGAAUAACAAAUUUUGUAACAAGAGGUCCUCACAAUUCAUUAUGGAAAAAUGUAGGAAUUAAUAGUAGUGGUAAAAACUUUAAAAUUGCAGAAAAAACUGAUGUAAGAAAAAAACGAAAAAAAUAUAUAAAAAAUGGUGGAAUUUUUGUUUUUUUAUGUCAUUUCAUAAUUGUCUUUGCAAUGUGUAUUUUAACAUUAAAUGAUAUAAAUAUUUUUCAACAACAGGCAAAUGUUGAAAUUGUUAAUUUAAUGAAUUUACCUAAUUUCAUAAAAUUAAUAAUGAGAGAGUCAGAAAAUUUUGGACUACAUAUAAUUAUUUCAUGUUUUUUAAUAGAAAUGACAUCUUUAUAUUUUACGAAAGCGAGGACAAAUUUUUUAGAUAUUAUGAGUUCAUUUCUUUUUUUAAUACUUGGAUAUCUUAAAUUUACUGACAAUGAUGCAGUUGAAGGAAUUUUUGUUGAAUUAGCACUAACGUCAAUGACUUCUGUUGUCACAUUUGCCAACCUUGUCUUGCCAAAACUUCCAAAACACAAAACUAAAUCUAAUUCAAUAAUGAGUGCUUUUCAUGUAGAUUCACCAUCAAGUCAAUGUGAAAGUAUUUAUGAAUUUUCUGAUAAUAAUGAAGAUGAAAAAAUGGAUGUUGAUGAAUAUAAAAUUGAACCAGAAAAUAAAUUGUUAAAUAGAUUAAAGUUUAGAGAUACUACCAGAGAUGAUACACCAAUUCGUGAAAUAAGACCACUACUAAAUAAUUUUAAAUUGGAUAACAAUAGUGGAAAUUUACAUACAAAACAAAGGGAAAAUGUUUUUUCAAGGAGUAAUUUAAUUUCAAAUCAAGAAUAUAAUCAUCGACCUAUAUUUAAGAGACCUUUAUUUACUCGAGAAACUUAUAUGGAAAGCAAAAACCUAUUCUAUAAAUCUUCAACUGUUCCACAAUUACCAAAAAAACAGCAAUUUAGUGAAAAUGAGAUUUCGUGUAAUUCAAGUUAUUAUAAGAUACGUAAAUCAUAUGUCUACAUUGGAUUAUUAUUAUUAAUGGCUAACACAUUUUAUAAUAUAUUCUCUUUCUAUCAACAAUUCCGACAAAGCUGGUAA